GGAAUAUGACAUCGUCUAACCCCGCUCAUUCGUCCACUUCCCUUUUUCGUCAACUCACUUGGAAAUCUACCGUCCUUUUAGACAUCCGACUGGCAGAUGGCGAACCCGGCGCAGGCGGGCGUGUAGACAGAUACUAUAUGCAUGCACCUAGAUAUACAUAUCUCUCUUUGCUCAUCCCUGAGAUUCGAGAGAACCUCGUCGAGUUGGCAUUGGACGAUGAGCAGUUGGCGGCGACAGAUGAGAAGGAUUGGUGGUUCGAGGAAGAACCACAAGAUGGUGGAUUUGCGGGUCAAGGGGCUUGCAAGUGGCACUGGCCAAUAGACCUACACGACCUAGUCUCCACUAUCUCUCGUCCUGUUGACCCUACACUACCUUCGACGUCCUCAUCAUCAAAAUCCUCCCUUAUUCACCCACGACCCCUACGACUUCUGCUACAUCUCUCCGCACCACCAACAGAUAAACUGAUCAUAUCAAACGAUGUCGAAGAAUGCAAGUUACAAUACAUCAACCAGCUGAAAGAGGGAGACUUUGUUCGGUGGCGGAAUACGAACAAGGUGACAUCACUACGUCGAGCAGACCUUGAAGCGGGGUGGGAUGGGCUUGUUCAGGACGAUUUUGACUUGUAUUUGAGAAUAUCAAGUCGUAUCCUUCCCUUGCCCAUUCCUCCCGCCACCACAUCCCUUCCACCAGGCUCUCGACCUCCUUCCACAGACCCAUCAGGUGCUCCAAAGGCAGAAUCAUCCUACUCCGCUCGGGCCUUACCUAUCAAAUUGUAUCUGCCCGAUAAUGCUCCUGUCAUACAAGAGGUGAUACCCCCGUUGCUUUCAGAUGGGAAACCUCAGACCGUCAUUGGUAUGCUGAGACAACAUCUUUCUCUCCUCUUUCCUCCUGGCGCGAAUCCUUAUACCAUGGCAGUCCCCAUCUGCCAAGGCGUUCAAUUACCUCCCGAUGCUGAAUUAGCAUGGCUGGCAGCUUGUCUCUGUGGUGCGGACGGAUGGCUUCGGAUAGGGAUACAGCUGCGAUUGGACUGAUGCGACGUUAUCAGGAAUAUUUUGGUCGGUUGAUUUCAUAGCGGAUGACAUUGUUUUCUACACUCUAUCUGAUGCCAAUGUCAUGUGAUCAUUGUGUGAGAACCCUAAAAA